GAAAGAUAUUUCCUACAACUCCGAAGUGCUGUAUUCACCUCGCAUUAGUUAAUCCUACCAUGCGACCGUUCGUGUUCAUUUUAAAGAGGAAAUAAAACAAACUAAACAACCGAGCCAAACAGGAGACGUUUGAAUAUAGCCGGGUAUAAUCUUGGCGUGGUACAGUGAACUAAUUACUGUGAAAGACUCGCGUGAGAGCAGUGUGCACGCAUACGGUAACCUUUUAGUGCGACAGAGACGGAAGUGGGCAGUUUUCCAAGAUGAAUUUGAUGUUUCGGAAGAACUUCAGCGGGGAGAAAACCGUCUCGUCGAGCGGGGGUGGGGGGAAGGCGCGGGGCGCGCUAGGUGCAGGGAGGAACGCCAAGCGUCGCGACCGCGAGCGAUACUCCUGCAUGGAGGAACACCACUACAAGACCCACAUAUUCUUCUCGGCGGCACCCCGGCCCAGUGCGCAGUACAACGACCUCACAGAACGAUGUGGGCCUGUAAUAGGCGGUGGUACGGGGCCGGAGCCCGAGCCGCCGCAGCCCCUGGUGACGAGGGAGCCCUCAGUGUCCCUCCUACGAUGGGACAGGGGCCCGGUGACCACUACCACUGUCCCGACCACCACGGACCGGCGCCGGACGGAACCCGUCUCUCUCGCCACGCUACAGAAAGACUGCUUCGUUAUUCCAGCGCACGCGCUUGAUCGGUUUCUGCCUGAUGGGGUGCCGCUUCCAGUUCCGCCUCCAACGCCAGAAAAAGGAAUGACAACAAAGACUGCACAAAACUCUCUUAGCAUCCUCGAAAUAGCUGACCCCAAACUUUGUAUAUUGGCCCACCUCAUGAGUCCGUUGGAGCCAAUAGAACCAAUAUUGGAAUCACCGCUUGCCAAACCUUUGAUAAGACAGAAGUCAGCGGCGGCAGAACUCUUGAAUGAAGUAGCACAGGCCAAUACCGCUGUAGGAGGGAUGUUGUUAGCGAAUAUGGAAAAGAAUGCAGAAUUCCCAUUCAUAUCUUACUAUGUGAUAAAUACAACACAAACAGACCCAUUAUUGUUCUACAAUAAUAUGAGAUGUGCUUCCUUGAACAAGUUUGAUCCGAAGACGAUACGGUACUCGGCAGCGCAUACGUUAGACCUGUAUAGUGAAGUUGCGAUGAUCUGCAGACCUCCGUUCAAUGACUUAGCUGGUGGACCGAAGAAGUCACACACGCCCACUACUGGAUUUAUCAUUAGUGUUUACAAGGUAUUCGAAGGCGACGACGGUGAGCGCUUCGAAAGGAACUGGUUGUACUGGACGGGGGCGCGAAUGCUGUACCGACACCUACCUCACACAGUGGGCAUGAGGAAGAUAGCGCUGCACAAGUCUGUGGCUGCUCACGGAGACAAGAUGUACCUGUUAGUGUGCGAGUGUGCCAACCUAAUGGACGACCUGUCGGGGGCCGCGAUGCUAGUGACAGCUCUGAGAGCGCGCCUGUGUGGGUACACCGGCUUAUACAGGCCAAUACAGACUUUCUAGUAAAGGGACGUGGGCCUAUACGGCCUUGAGUGUGUUGUUUUGAAAUUUGCGGACAUCAAUAGUUUAGUGUAGGUUAGUUAUGUUGGGUGAUGAAUUUGGGACUACUAAUUACUUCAAUAUUUAUAAAUGAAACGUUCCGUAUUGUUGGUGGCGCUAGUGUUGUCUAAGGUCUCCUGACAUGGAGGCAAGUCGCGCAUUUUAAACCAAUAAAUGAAGAUAUAUUUGAAUAAUUCCCAUAAUAAAACAAGUAACAACGGUUACCCAUCUGAUAGAAAAGCCACAAAUUCAUGACCUAACUCAAAAUUGGAUCUCUAUUUAGUCGAUCUAGAUGUCCAGGCAAAAUCGGUCAUAAACAGCACACGUGAACAAACGGACCAAAGUAUUAUUAUUACAUUUAAGGUUAUCUUAAAUGGUGUACAAUAUUUGACUGGGUACAGGCAAGUCGAGCCGAAGUGUUCUUGAUUUAGAUAUAAGAAAUUUUAAUCAUAAAACGAGUGAUUUUCUUCUGUAGACGCCAUUUUCUCUCGAUUUCUCACUAUACUUUUGAUAUGAUCUACUAAAACGCAAUUCACCUCACUCUCUUACAGUUUUCUAGAUAAUAAAGAAUAUUUAAUAAAUGAUAGAACUUGACAAUAUUUUGUUAUAAUUGGGUGAAGUCUUCCAUAGAACGGCGUACGUACUCAAUAAUUACGUAUUCAAUGGAUACCAAGAUUAAGCAUAGAAAAUUUUAAACAGCUCAAAUAACCCCUUUUCUAUUUUUGCCUAAUAAAAUCUUUUGAAAGAAAUAAUUAUUUUUCGACUUUUCCAAUUUUCUGACAUAUCUCGAGAUACAUAUCAUUAAUCUCACGUUCAAUCGAAAUAAUAUUUAAAUUCAUUGCCUACCUACCUAUAACCUACCUACCUAUGUACCUACCUACUCUCAUUUCACAACUCUCGAUAAUUUAGGAAUAAAAUAAAAUGUGAUUCUCACAAAAAAAGUAAAAUAGUUCGCCUUAAAAUUAACAAAACCGUUGCUAUUUUAGAAACGCACAAAAUUAUUAUUAUAUAAUUAUAAAUGCUUAAUUCCCGAACGAAGUUUGAAAUAUUUAUAAAUAAUAAUAUAGAUACACAUUCAGUAAGAUAGGUAUUUAUUUUAAUUUAAUUGUUGACCGACGGAUAAAAAGUGUCGUUCUAAUAAUAUACCUAGCCGUGAAGCGACUAUUGAAAUAUUUCUGUCCUUUUUCAUCUAUUA